CCGCUCACAAUGAAAAGUCGCUGAAUUCGCUCCGUUCGUUAUAGAAAUUUGAAAAAAACAGAGGCAAAGUGAAGUAAUCAGGUCUAUAAAGAAUUUGUUUCGUACUCUCGAUGCACACAUAUUUCUCCCAACACCAAACAUCAUAAAUAACCUACACUCUGCAUAUACACACCACAAGUGAGACCAGAACUUAAACGAUGAGCGAUAGCAGCCCGUCGGUGCCCUUGGCGGAGUUCAUAAACCCACCCGAUCCCACUGCGGACGAACCCUUUGUGCCCCUGGUGGAGCCCAAAAAGAUGAGCGAAAGCCCAGUGGUGGCGCCUGCUUCGCCUGCCACGCCCACCGGCAACGGCACGCCCACCCAGGCGGCAAAUGGCAACUCAACGGUGGUGGCCACAAAACCUGCCGGCGAUGAUAACAGCAUUUUCUCCGUCUUCUACACGCUGGGCAAGAAGGUGGCCAUCGUUGGUUCAAUCUAUCUGGUCGGCUACAUGGGCUGGUCGGUGGCCUGGCUGAUAGCUCCGGUCAUCCUCUCGGUGGCCCGUGACCAAUUGGCCAAGACCUCGGAGAAGAAGCGCGACAUCGCCAAGGCCUCGGCCACGGCCUCCGAAAAGGAUGUGAUCCUGGCCAGAAUCGACGAGCUGCCCGCCUGGGUAUACUUCCCCGACGUGGAGCGAUGCGAGUGGCUGAAUAAGAUACUGAAGCAAGUGUGGCCGAAUGCCAAUCACUUUGCUCGCACUUUGGUGAAGGAAACAAUUGAACCCAAUGUGGCACUGGCCCUGGCUAACUACAAGAUGAAUGGAUUCCGGUUCGAUCGGAUAAUUCUGGGCACCAUUCCACCUCGCAUUGGAGGUGUGAAAAUCUACGACAAGAAUGUGGAUCGCAAUGAGAUCAUCAUGGAUCUGGAUCUGUUUUAUGCCAGCGAUUGCGACAUCAAUUUCUAUUUGGGUGGUAUGAAGGGUGGUAUCAAGGACUUCCAGAUCCAUGGUUGGGUGCGAGUUGUGAUGAAGCCUUUGAUCCGAUCGAUGCCUCUGGUUGGUGGACUGCAGAUUUUCUUCCUAAACAAUCCGAAUAUCGACUUCAAUUUGGUGGGAGUGAUCGAUUUCAUGGACAUGCCGGGACUGAGCGAUUUACUAAGAAGGAUCAUUGUGGAGCAGAUUGGCAAUGUGAUGGUGUUGCCCAAUAAACUGCCCAUUUCACUUAGCGAAGAAGUUUCGGCGGUGGCUUUGAAGAUGCCCGAACCAGAGGGCAUCUUGCGCAUUCACGUGGUUGAGGCCAAGGAUCUGAUGAAGAAGGACAUUAGUGUGCUGGGCAAGGGCAAGUCCGAUCCGUAUGCCAUCAUCAAUGUGGGCGCCCAGGAGUUCAAGACCCAGAUUAUAGACAACAAUGUGAAUCCCAAGUGGGACUACUGGUGUGAGGCGUGUAUUUUUACCACCAUAGGCCACUAUAUUGGGUUUUCUUUGUGGGACUAUGAUCAGACAAUGCCAGGUGUACAGAGCGAUGAUGUAUUGGGCAGAGCCAGCAUCGACAUUGCCAGUGUUAUCAAGAAAGGCGUUGUGGAUAGUUGGCUAACCUUGGAAGAUGCCAAGCACGGACUGCUUCAUGUCCGUCUGCAGUGGUAUAAACUCACUGCCAAUCCCAAUGAUCUUCAGCAGAUGCUUCUGGAAACUCAACUACUACGUGUGACCACCAUGAGCUCGGCGGUUCUCAGCGUUUUUAUCGAUUCUGCCCGGCAUUUAAAACAAGCUCGGUCCAGCUCAAAGCCCGACCCUUAUCUGGUGUGCAGUGUUAACAAACAGAAACAGCAGACUGCCAUGAUAAUGCGGGAUGAUUCUCCCGUUUGGGAGCAGGGCUUCACCUUUCUGGUCAACAAUCCCGAUAACGAGAGCCUGAUCAUUAAGAUCUACGACCAGAAGACCGGAAACGAUAUCGGUCAAUACACCUACUCCCUGAGCACUCUGCUCAAACAGUUCAACAUGGAGGUGAUCCAGCAACCCUUCCAGCUGCAAAAAUCUGGUCCGGAAUCGAAGCUCUUUAUGUCGCUCUCAUUGCGGAUACUGCAGCCGGGUGAAAUUGACAAGGAAUCGGAUGCUUUGGAACAGGUGGCGGCCCUCACGCGCAGCAGUUCUGUUAAAACGCCAGAUGUGGCUGCUGUGGCACCGCCAGCAUUUAAGGAAUCCCAGGUAACCAGCAAGCGUUUGUCCGCCGAAUCGCCCAUCAGUGAGGAGGAUUCUGUGGUGGUUACAAAAGUCUCCCCUGCCAUGUCGCAGUCUACCUCCAGCGAAAAGCCCAUCAGCGAACUGGCCGCCUCCGUGCUUACCCAUCGCUUCCCGGAUUCCACAUCGUCUCCUGGUGAACACGGCCUGGGACGGAUGCAGCUGUCGAUCCGCUACAGCGCCCAGCGCCAGAAACUGGACGUGACCAUACACAAGAUCCAGAAGAUUCCGUUGCGCGAUCCCACCAACAUCCCCGAUCCGUAUGUGAAGCUCUACCUGCUGCCGGGCCGCAGUAAGGAGUCGAAACGGAAGACUGGCGUGAUCAAGGACAACUGCAAUCCAGUUUACGAUGCCUCCUUUGAGUACCUGAUUUCCAUAGCCGAGCUCAGGCAGACGGAACUCGAGGUGACGGUGUGCACUCAAAAGGGAUUUUUAUCCGGCGGCAGUCCCAUCAUUGGCAUGCUGAAAUUACCUCUAGAUGAUCCCGAGAUUACCACACCAGCUGGCUUGAAUUCUUGGUUCGACUUGCAGCCUGAAAUACGGCACGAUUAGGAUAUCCGAGGUCGAACGAAUGCCGAGUCUCAUUACAGCACAAUCAACUCAAGAACAACUUAACACUUUUUUACCAAUCGCACUUAAAGCCUUUUGUAUUUGUUAUGUGUAUUGUAUACUUCAUUUGGAAUAGGCUUGGUUGGUCUCAGUUGCCCUUAACCAAAACCAAGCAAAACUCUCUUAGUCGUGCCUCUAUAUUUAAAACUAUCAAUUUAUUGUAGUCAAAUAAAACAAACUGUGUUUUCAAA